GAUUUCUUAGCUUCUUGCCAUCAAUAACUAAAUAAAAUUAUUUAUAUAUAUACACAUUAUAAUGUCAAGAAUGUAGGAGGCAAGGAGUAAGGCUUACCAUACUAAUAGUUUCUUCUGAAUGUUUGAUUCAUUUCAUUUUAUUAAAUUUUAAGAAAUGAGGAGAAGCAGGCAGACAAUCUCGAUGAUUCUUGUAAUUAGCAUUGCUGCAUUUUUCAUAAUUCAGGCCCAAGCUCAAAAUGCUCGUCAACCACACCAUCAUUCGCGGAAGAAUAAAGGUCACGAACCUGAUAAGGCUCCUAAGGUUCACAGGGGUCACAAGGGUCACAAGGGGGGUCACAAGAGUGAGCCAGAUGAUGAUGGACCUGAUGCUCCAUGUCCUGCUAAAGGCUAUUGUACUACAGAUAAUGACGCCACGACUUCAGACGAUGAUGAACCAAAACCAGUUAUGGUGUCUAGUGGUUUAGUAACUCCAGCUCCCCCUAAGCCGCGUAACAGUACAAGAAGACAACUAGCCAAGAAAUACGGAGGGCCUUGCGUGGCCUACAAUCCCAUCGACAGGUGUUGGAGAUGCGACCCAAAUUGGGCAAAAGACCGGUACAGACUAGCAGGAUGUGCAAUGGGGUUUGGUCGCCACACUACUGGUGGAAAAGAUGGACCAAUUUACAAAGUCACCGACUCAUCUGACGACAAUGUUGAGGAGCCUAAACCAGGAACUCUACGCCACGCGGUGAUCCAGAAGCAUCCGCUAUGGAUUAUAUUCGCCAAGAGCAUGACCAUUACUUUACAACAAGAGUUGUUGAUGCAAUGUGACAAGACAAUCGACGGGCGGGGCAAGAAUGUCAAAAUCUCGGGCGGUGCUGGUAUUAGCAUACAGUUUGUUCGAAACAUUAUAAUACAUAACAUUCAUAUCACGGAUAUUCAUGUCACUUCUGGUGGAAGCAUCAGGGAUUCCAUUGAUCAUAUUGGCCUAAGAGCCGCAGCGGACGGUGAUGCCAUCUCGAUCUUCGGUUCGUCCGAUAUAUGGAUUGAUCACGUCUCUGCAUCCAAUGCUAAAGAUGGUCUUAUUGAUAUUGUUGCUAAUUCUAACGGUGUCACCAUUUCUAACUGCCAUUUCGUCCAUCAUGACAAGGUUUUGUUAUUUGGCGCGGAAGAUACUAACGAGAAGGACAAAGAGAUGCAUGUAACAGUGGCCUACACACAUUUCGGGAAGAAUCUGAUACAAAGAAUGCCGAGAGUGAGAUGGGGAUUUAUCCAUUUAGUAAACAACGACUACACGCAUUGGCUAAUGUACGCGAUCGGAGGGAGCCAUGGUGCGCGCAUCAUUAGCCAGGGGAACAGGUUCAUAGCUCCAUUUGACCCUGUAGCCAAAGAAGUAACUCACAGGACAAAUGGGCUUGAACCAGGAUGGGAGACAUGGAACUGGAGAUCAGAAGGAGAUUUGAUGAUGAAUGGAGCUUUCUUUGUAGAGUCAGGAUGCCCAGACUGGAGAGCAGGAAUUGAUCCACUGGAUUUGAUUCUUCCAGCACCUGCAACUGAAGUCACUACGCUCACUCUCUUUACAGGCCCUCUUGGUUGCAGAAAAAAGAGACCUUGUUAAUUACACUAGUUUUUUUUUUUUCAGUUUUCUUUUUCUUUUUAGUAGAUUCAGGAUGUCAACUCAUAUGCACAUUUGUAAGACUGUAAUCAAGGUAAUAAAUAACUGUUGGCCACUUGUGACAUAAAAAAUAAAGCUAAAAUUUAUUCAUUUAUUCCAUAACUUC